AUGUUACAUGGUUUUACGCGUAUAUUUGAAGAAAAUCUAUAUGUUUUUAAGCCACCAAAAUAUAUGUAUGAAUAUCCAACAUCAAAAAUGUGGAAUCAAGAAGAAACGAAAGAUUAUUUCAAACAUACUUUGUAUGGAUUUGGGUAUGGUUAUAAAUUGGCUCUUAAAAAUUAUGUUCGACUAUAUGAACGAGAUAAAAAAAAUCUUCACGAUGAAACUAUCAUAGAAAACAAUAUUAAAGCUAAAAAUUAUUCUCUUAUCGUUUUUGGAUCGAUACUUCGUAAUAACAAAUUAUUUUCAUUAACUAUAAAACAUUAUGAACGAUCCAGAAUCGUUCUCAUUGAUGGUGAAGAUGCAUCAAAACACAAAGAUCGAUCUGAAUAUGCAAAAUGGGGAACCUACUUUCUUCGAGAAAUACCAGACAAUUGUGAUGUAUUUAUGUAA